UAGGGGACCUCUUUCUCAAUUGGGCGCUCUCCUUCGUCGCACCAUGAACUCACCAUUCAUUAGGGUCCAACAUGACUGGUACAAGACCAAGUCCGGGGAAAAGUUCUGGGUGAAUGUCAUCACAGAAGACGGAAGCGUAUACGGAUCUGCGACGGUACUGGGAGACCAAAUUUUGUCCACGCCAGAGGCCAUGAGAUGCGCCGAGGUUGGCGGAGACGGCGGCCUUCGCUCUCUGAAAGUCUCGUACAAGACCACUCACUCAGCGCUGGAGUGGACCGUCCUGUCCCCCUCCCGACGGCUCAGGAACAUGGAGAACCGCAGAAUGCACUUCGUUGACGUCUCGAGCGACGGGAGCCUCAGAAUCCAAUCACACGACGAUGGAUACGUCGGCGUCUUUCGAGAAAAAGAACAACGCGCCAUAAGGGAACUGACGGGCGCUCACGCGGGAACGGUUUACGUGUCCAAGUUCUUCCCGUCCGGAAAAGUCGCGUUGACGGCAGGAAUGGACACAAAAAUACGCAUUUGGGACCUCGUCAACUUCGAUGACGAACAGGACAAAGAGUGCGCCGCCACGCUGUGUAAACAGCAUACCCAGGCAAUCCUCUCAGUGGACAUCCUGGGCAAAGGAAGGCGUAUCGCCUCGGGCUCAAGAGACGGUACGGCGAUCGUUUGGGACAUCCCGACCCAAAAGUCGGCCGUUCGGCUAGAACCAGACGCGGGUGCGGUCAAUUGGGUGUCCUGGCUCUCGUCGAACCCGAACAGCCAUUCGGACAGCGCCAUAAUUGCUUUGUCGUGCGAGAGCCAAAGUGUGUGCCUCUUCGACGUUAACGGCGGCAAAAAAAAAAUUGUGUCAAUGCGCACCGAUGACGCCGCCAACGUCUGUACAGGGCUUGAUGAUCACCUUCUAGCCGUGGGCACCCACUCCGGACAAGUAUUAACAUGGGACCUGCGCCACCUAGACUCACCGAUAUCCACAUUUCGCGCCUCAAAAGGCCCCGUGACGGCCGUAAGUCCUUGCUCCGACCAAAAAUUAGCUGUCGCCACGCACGACGCUGUCUCUGUACACAGCCCCACUGCCUCGCCAAGCACGUUCGCCACGCUGCUCUCCUGCUCGCAGUACCCUACCUAUACCGUCUCCACCCACCAGAACGUAAUCUAUACUGGCGGACUAGAUGGUGUACUCUAUGUAUUCGUUUAUUAAGAAAGAGUAACACACAUUACAUCGCUUAGUGGGCGUUGCAUUCGCAUCUUCCAGGCUUACAUUCGCAAUUCUGGACACCGCCACUCUCAUCUCUGGAGCAUCCACACGAACUCUUGACGCAUUUGGGGUCACCACAGCGAUCUCCCGGUUUACAUUCGCACUUCUCACAUUUGCAUUGGUUCAUUGACGCCUCUUUGCCGCAGCAUCCACUUCGUUGGCAGCAAGCUUCGUACAUGUGCACGUGUCAGUAAAAAAUUCGCACGCCCCCUCA